AAGACUCUUCACAAGCACUGCAUUUGCCUGUGGAUUAUGGAGUUAUCAUUUUACAACUAAAUAAAUUAAUUCUAUAUAUAUACUGGCAAAGAAUUUAUCACUAUUUUACCCAAAAAUUCUGCUCUUUUUUCACUCUUACUUCUAUUAUUAUAAGGCCCAUUUCUGUGCUUUCUUAUACCAACCAAACAAUCCUUAGCACUUAGAAUUUCUUCUUCUGUUCUUUAAAUAUAUUUUUAUUUUCCUUUUUUAAUUCUCCCAUUUUAGUUAUCUCUAGCUAUGUCUGUUUCAUUUGGAAGAGAAGAAGAGAAAAUGAAGGUGAGUUGGAGUAAUAAUAAUUUAGGAGUUGCAGAGACUAUUUUCGAAGACGAAGAUGAAGAUGAAAAUGAAGAAGAUGAUGAUGAAGAGGAUUUAGAGUCUCUCUGUUCUCCUCCUUUGCCUUUUCCAUUGUCUUCUUCCCCUGCUUCUCCUCUUCGGUCUGGUGUUGAAUCCUGGACUGAAGCUACCGGGAGAAAACCAGACGUCAAAAUACAAGUCCGCGGCUUAUGUUUUUACUUGCAUAAGGAAGUUUUAAUUUCAAAAAGCGGUUACUUUAAGCGGCAAUUAACCAGAGUUUCAGAAUUUACACUCUCUCCUCCGUUUAAAAUAACGGCCAACAUCUUCAAGCAAGUAGCCGAUUUCUGUUACAACAAUAACGUCGUUAUAACGCAGUACAACAUCGUGGCUCUUAGCAUGGCUGCUCAUCUUCUUGAAAUGAGUUCAUAUAACGAUCUAGAAAAUCUCCGUGAGUUGACGGAGUCUUACUUUUGUGAGGUAGUUAUAGUUAACAAGACGUUAACGAAUAACGUUUUCCGUUCGGGUUUGACGUUGCUUCCUGAAGCCGAACAAACGGCGUUUAUGGCGAGUAGAUGUAUUGAAGCAUUGUUGGAUGAUAAUGAGGGUGACGGAGCUGUUAGAUGUGCGGACGGAUUUAAGACGGUUUUGCCGAAGGAUUUUAGAGUGGUUACGGAGUCAAUGCAAAAGAGAUAUACAACAAGUCAUGAUCUUUUGUACAGAGUUGUGGAUCUUUAUUUCCUGGCAUACAAUGGAAGGAUGUCAGAAGAUGAGAAAACUCAAAUCACAAGCUGCAUAGACUGCAACAUUCUUUCUCCUCCUCUUUUAAUGCACGCCGUUCAAAACCCUCGUAUGCCUCUCCGUUUCAUCGUCCAAGCCAUGCUCAUUGAGCAGCUCACCACUCAUCGCUCUCUUUUCUCGGUCCUCAACACCGCCCACCACCACCACCGCGACUCUCCAGUCAGCACACUCGGUGCGAUCCUCGAAAGGGACGCAGCACUCCGACAGGUGACACAACUGAGAUCCGCUAUUGACACUACUUGCUCUAGGAUCAAAACCCUAGAGAAGGAACUUUGUGGGAUGAAGAAGCUUCUUUUGGAGUCUGAAAGGGGUCCAAGUAUUUUAUUAGAUCAUCAAAAGAGAUCUUCUAGUUGUCGUUUUAAUAGUAAUAGUAAUAGUAAUCGUAAGGUGGAGAGAGGACAGAGAGGUUCGAUUUCUUCGAGUUUUUUGAGGUUCGUAGGUGGUGAUGGUGGUAGUGGUAGUGGUGGAAGCAACGGUGGAAGUGGUGGUAGUAAUGAGUUGGUUGAUGAUAUGAUGAAAAUGGGGAAUUCUAAUACUAAUAAUUAUUGUGAUGUUGGGAAAAAGAAUUUUGGGCAGAGGUUGAUCAGGGGAUUAAGAAAUGUUUUUGGGGUUUCUAAUAAUAGAAAUGAUUCUAAGGAUAAGGAUAAUAAUGGAAGAUUUGAUAAUGGACGAAUUACGAGAAGGGGAGUUGUUAUGGAUGAAAAUCAUCAUAGUUUGAGUAGAUGAUGAGGAAAUCAUAUAUAUUUAAAUUUAAUGAAUGGUGAGUUAGGAUUUUAAUUUUUUUUUUUGGUUAUGUAGUUUAAUUACUACUUUGUUGUUGAUUCAUUGGUUUUGUACGUAGAGUAUAAACAAUUUAUCUAUUUAAGUGUAUUUAAUUUAUUAUGUAAUUGUGUUGCUUGGAAUGAACUAAAUUUAAUUAA